AUACAGUACUCCAUUUCUCAUUUGCUGGGAGCUCAAUAGUCAAAGUUCUCUUUUGUUCUUCAAUUCUAGGCUUCUAGCAAUAACAAACACAGUAAAGGCAAACAUGGAGAAAAUACAACACAAGAAUCUCAGUGUAAACGGCAUAAAUAUGCAUAUAGCUGAAAUUGGCAAAGGUCAAUCUGCAAUUUUAUUCCUUCACGGAUUCCCUGAGCUCUGGUAUACAUGGCGCCAUCAAUUGAUUUCUCUCUCUUCCAGAGGUUACCGUGCAAUAGCUCCUGACCUACGUGGCUAUGGCGACACAGAUGCGCCUCCUUCUCCUUCUAGUUAUACGGUGUUUCACAUAGUUGGUGACCUUAUUGCCCUUCUUGAUACUUUAGGUCUCGAUCAGGUGUUCCUUGUUGGACAUGACUGGGGUGCUAUUAUAGCUUGGUACUUAUGCCUUCUUCGACCUGAUAGGAUCAAGGCACUGGUUAACAUGAGCGUCGUCUUCCACCCUAGGCAUCCGAAGAGAAAGCCUAUUGAAUCUAUGCGUGCUGUUCUCGGGGAUGAUUACUAUAUUUGCAGAUUUCAGGAAUAUGGACAGGUGGAAGAGGAGUUUGCUCGUGUUGAUACUGCGAGACUAAUCGCAAAGUUCUUAAUAUCUCGUAAUCCAGCCCCCCUUCGUGUAUCUAAAGAGAAAGGAUUUGGGGGUUCAAGUCAUACUCCAAUCAAAUUGCCAUCUUGGUUGUCAGAAGAGGAUAUCAACUACUACGCAAAUAAGUUCAGCCAGAAAGGUUUUACUGGUGCAUUAAACUAUUAUCGCGCUAUGGACCUAAACUGGGAGCUGACCGCGCCAUGGACAGGGUUGCAAAUAAAGGUCCCGGUUAAGUUUAUCGUAGGGGAUCUUGACCUGACUUACAAUACACCUGGUGUAAAGGAAUAUAUCCACAAAGGUGGUUUCCUAAAAAUGGUGCCAUUUUUGCAGGAAGUAGUUAUCAUGGAAGGAGUUGGACACUUCAUCAAUGAAGAAAAACCAGAAGAAAUUAAUGACCACAUUUAUGACUUUAUCCAGAAGUUCUGAUGUGCUUGUUUUAUCACAGGUACCCUCACAAUCUUGCUCCAAGUGCUUUAUAUGUUUGGAAAUCGGAAUAAAAGGCUACUCCUGGGGUUUGAGAUCAUUUGCUUACUAUUAGCAAAUAUUAUGUAUCUGUAACUUCAAAGCUUAUUCUAAAGAAAUUCAAUUUGUGGACU